GAAGAAGAGGAAGAGGAGGAAAAGGAGCAACGAGAUGGCGCCACCAAACUUUACUGCCAAGAGCCCAAUCCCCGUCUAUGCAGUCGCCUUGCCCCGCAGCGAGGUGAUCCUGUAUGCUGGGGGAGGAGGCCGGGGCAGGAGCGGCGUAACAAAUGCCAUUCGCGCUGUCGAGGUCGUCAACGCCGAAAAGAUUGUGGUUGACAAGGCAGAGAUGAAGCUGAGCCGUGACGAGGACGCGCCGAUGUGCAUGACGCUCGCGCCCGACGAGUUCAACGACUGGGACGACGCAGACGACGAAGGCGAGGAAUCGGUGAAACGGUCCGAAGUAGGAGCCAGUCAAAGAAAAAUUGUGUGCGGAAUCAACUCGAGCGAGGCGAGCCUGGCCAACGGCGUGAACGACAACGUGCGCAUGUUCGAGUGGAAGCGGACCGGUCCCUCACAGGCAAAGGCAGAGGAAAAGGCCGAAAAGGUCAUUGAGACGGCGGCAAAAGAGGCGCAGGUGAAGGAAGAAGAGGUGCAGCACAGUCUUGGCCAGCUGCAGAGCCACGAGUCAUUGUCGAUCCGCGAUCCAGAGCAGUACAUUAAAGUGGCAAGGAUUUCGCCAGACGGGAACUUUCUCGCCGUCGGUGCCACGGAUGGCCAGUUUGCGCUACAUACCUUUCCUGGCCUCAACAAGCUUUGGUCCAUCAAUCCGACGGCAUCGACAGAGGUUGUAGACGCCGACUUUAGCGCCGAUUCUUCGCUCGUCGCCUUUGUCCUCGCUGACGUCGUCCAAAUUUAUCCCACGUCCAGCUCGACGGCAGCAGAGUCGACAUCGUCGUCGAAGAAGGAGAGCGGCUCGACGCCCAAGGUGCACCAGACGAUCCGGAAUCCAUCGCUCAAGGGCGCUGCUGCCUGCACCUUCCGCGGUGCUCGCUUUGGCAGGAACAAUGGCGGCGGGCGCAGCGAUCGCCUCUAUACCGUCGUCAAUUCGAGCCCUGAGCAAGGACUGGGGAGCAGCAAAAGGGAUCGGGAACGGGCGAGGAUCCGCAAGUGCUUCAUCUCAGCAUGGGACACAGGUUCGUGGGACCUGCUUCGGACGAGGCAGAUUGCAGAGAGGCCUGCAACGGCCGUCGAGAUGAGCCCGACGGGCCGACAUGUCGCCGUGUCGACUUCGGACCUCUCGCUUCAUCUCCUCAGUACACGGACGCUGCAGCCCGUGUGGACGCUCAGCGACGCCCACGCCUUUCCUUCGACCUGUCUGGCCUUCAGCCCGAGAGGGGACCGCAUCGUGAGCGGGAGUGCAGACAUGAGUCUGCGCGUCGUCACCGUCGACAAGAAUGCCGAGUCGCGGCUCCUCAAUGGGUGGCUCAACGGCAAACUCGCCACACUUAUCCUCGCCAUCUGUCUUGCCCUCUUGGCCGUCUACAUUCAAAACUCGCUCGCGCCCGACCUGCCUCUCGAGGGCAGCGGCGAGGAGGAGUAGUGAUAUUAGCAUUCUCUCCAAGGCCGUGUGUCUCGCAACGUGUGCUGAUUGAUCAAGAGAGAGGAUGGAAGAACUGGUUCUGUGUGGGCUCAAUGGCAUGGGACAGUAAUACUAUACAGUGGUGUA